AAAUUGAAAACAACAAAAUGUAAAUAUAAGAUGGGUUUUAUUAAAACACUAAUGUGUCACUGAGAAGUGUGACGGACUUAGCUUAAUUCUGGACAAUUUGUACUUGCUAAGAAUAAAACUGCAGUAAAAACCAGUGAGAAACGAUAAUGAGAGUGAAACCGGUAAGUUCCGGAUCAAUAGAGGUUUGCUACUAUACUUGCGCAACUAAAGUUAUUUAAAUUGUUUAGUUGUUACAGCAAGAGUGAGCAACUGAAUCACAUUGGUUUGCCCAAUACUGGUCAUGGUAACAGAGGUGCAUUUAUUAUUAAACAAUAUUUUCCAUACUUAAAGUUUUUUUAUAUUUAAUAAAAAUAAAAUUUGUGCAUGUGCAAUUGAAAGUUAUGUUUUAUUUACAUAAAUAUUUUUUACAAACGUUAUAGCCUAUUCACAGCUGAGACUCUUUAAAAAUCAUUGUGAAUAGCAAAUACUGUUUAAAAAGAAGAAGAUUGUAAACACGCGGAUCCUCAUGCGAUUCUUUGAAUGGUUUAGUGAUAAUUUGUAUUAAUUCUCAAAUAAAGAUUUUAUAAAUUAAAAGCAAUUUCUAAAGCGGAACAUAAAAAUGGGCAAAACUAAAAAGAAGGCACAUCCUAAAAAACGCACAGCAGCAUUCAAGGAAAAGGAAUCCAAUGAGCUGGUGGAAGCACCACAUUCUUUUGUAAUACAUCGAGGGCUUUCAUGUCCCUAUAUCACCGAUUUAACAUUGGAUUUUCGAAAAAUCAUGGAACCAUUUACAGCAUUACAGUUAAAAGAGAAGAAAAUUAAUCGCAUUAAAGAUUUUGUGGCAAUGAGCGGAUUCUUUCAUGUUUCCCACAUGGGUAUAUUCAAUAAAGCCACAUCCCAGUUGUCAUUUAAAAUUGUACGUAUGCCGCGUGGUCCUACACUUACUUUCAAGGUGCACCAAUUUACUCUGGCGCGAGAUGUGCUCUCAAACAGCAAAAGACAGUUUGUGGACGACGAUAUGUUUAAGCACUCACCACUUGUUAUUAUGAAUAAUUUCACAGGUGAUGGUAAACAUCUAAAGUUAAUGGCCAGCACGUUUCAGAAUAUGUUUCCCGCAAUCAAUUUAGCACAAGUAAACAUUGCUACAAUCCGUCGUUGUGUGUUGUUCUCAUAUACACCGGAAACAAAUUUAAUAGAAAUGCGUCAUUAUUCAGUCCAAGUGGUGCCAGUCGGCUUAACGCGAGGUGUUAAAAAGCUUGUAAUGGGCAAAAUACCAAACUUAUCCAAAUGUGAAGAUAUUGCUGAUUUCAUAAUGCAAGACGGAGGAGCUUCAGAGUCGGAAAUGGAAGAUGAUGAGCAAUCGCAGGUUGUUCUACCACAAACUCUUAAACGUAAAGGCAAUUUAGAGGAUAAUAAAUCAGCUGUGCGUCUGUUUGAAAUUGGUCCACGCUUAACUAUGCAAUUAAUGAAAAUCGAGGAAGGUCUUCUAACCGGUGAAGUACUUUAUCACGAUCACAUAGUCAAGACGGAAGAGGAAAAGGAAACGCUUCGUAAAAUGAUAGAGAAGAAACGAAAACUAAAAGAAUACCGAAAAACAGUACAAGAAGAGAACCGUAAACGCAAUUUACGUGCAAAAGAGGAAGUGUCCGGUAAACGCAAGAAACAUAAGAGCGAAGCAGCAGCUAUUGGUGAUGAAACGAAGGAAGACAGCGAUCCCGAAAACGAUGCAGAAUACUAUAAACAAGAAGUUGGCGAAGAUCCUGAUGAAGAACUGUUCAAAUCUGAAAGCAAGUCAAGGAAACGUGCCAGCUUGCCGCCAAGUUUAAAGUUCAAGAAUAAGAAGCUGAAAAAAGCGCAAGAAAAAAGAAAGUGAUGCUCAUAUAUAUAUUUAAGUAGUAUAUUGUUAACAUUCAAUAAAAACCCAAUUUCUCAGAAA